CAACGUUGAUUUUGUAGUCUGUCAGAUCUGUCUCUGUCAUAUGUCUGUUGUGUAACCUCAAACUUUUCCAUGUGUUUUUCUUCCAUUUUCAUGCAAAUAUUAAAUAUUUUAAUCUGAUGGUUUAUAAACGAAAAAAAUACCACUAUGGGGAUACUCAUUUAAAAAAGAAGUGGAGAACAAAGCGUAGAACCAAGGAUUUGGACGAGAUCGACGCAGAUUUGAAACCAGAAAAUUCUGACAAAUUACUCAGCCAGCCAGUUGAUUUUGAUAAACCAGGAUCGGCUCAGCAUUACUGUCUUCACUGUGCACGUUACUUUAUAUCUGAUAGUGCUUUGCAAGAUCAUUUUAAAACAAAAGUCCACAAAAGAAGACUGAAAGCACUAGAACUUGAACCAUACUCUAUUGAAGAUUCUGAAAGAGCAGCUGGUAUUGGUAACUGGAAAACACCAACUAAAAGAAAAAUUGAAACCCAGAUUAUUAAUUCUUCAAAGGAGACUGAUAUCGACUCCGAUUCUAAUUCUAAUAAAAAAAUGAAAGUUGAUGAUGACCAAUUAUAAGAAUACAUUGUUUAAAUUUCGGAAUAUUUAUAGAUAUUUUUCAUCAGCCUUAUACAUUACAGGAGACAAAGCUCAAACUACUUUUGCUGUUUUAACACCUAUUAUAGAUUUUGAAAAACAAAUAAUACAUAAAGAAGAUUUAAUAAAAAAUGUUACAGCAAGAGGUUUGAAGAUCAAUGUUGAUGACCUCAUAAAACAUUGGAUAUUUUUUCAAGAUAUUGUAAAACGCAAACAAAUUUUAGAAAUCACUAGAGCAGAUAUUAGUCAAACCAUUGGAAAAUUAUUAAAAUGUCCAGAUGCAGAUCCAUUGGAAAUAGAAAAGUUUAAAAUACAUGCAAAAAUGGUCAAAGAUGAUCUGAAAAAUCUUAAGGAAUCUUCCUAUGACAUAGAAGAGACCACUAUGGUAAAAGUUCUUAGUUUGCCAAACAUUUUACAUUCUAAAACACCUUUGAAUGACGAAAACAUUCUCUACACUCAUUUAAAAAAGCCAGAAUUUGAUUCAUUAAGCCAUAUGGAUAAAGGGACUGAACUAAAAUACAUCAAAUAUUUAGAUCCAUUUACUUGCUACUUAAAAUCAGAUGCAGCUUUGUUUGAAAUUAAAUUAUUAAAUUAUUUCAGACAAGCACUCUUGAAGCUAAAUUAUAUUCAAUUUUCAAAUCCAAAUUUUUGUAGAAGUGUUAUUUCUGAAGGUUGUGAUGAAAUUUGCCAUAGUGAUGAAAAAAUGUUUGGUAUAGAAGAACAACAUCAUGAGGAAUCCAAUAUCAAUAAACUACGUUUAUGUGGUUCUGCAUCUUUGUUUUCAUUUAUGGCAUAUUUUUCUAGACAUCUUGUGCCACAAAAUGCUUUUUCACUUAAAUAUUUUAAUCUUGGUAAAAUAUAUCAGCCUGUCAAAGAAAAAUCAAUUAGAAGUUUGUUUAGUUUGAGCCAACAAACUGUUUUACAUAUUUUUACAGCAGACUUAGAAAAUAGUCCCGAUAAUUUAGAUAUUUUAGUUGAUCAGAUUUCUAAAAUAUAUGAUCCUCUAGGUAUACACUAUAGAAUUGCUAUUUUACCAGCUAGAGAACUUAAGAAAGCUGAAAGUCUUAGGAUAUCUAUUCAAAUGUAUUCUAAUUUUGAGAAACAAUAUGUGGAAAUUGGUAAUGUUUCUCUUUACAGCAGUUACCUGAGUAAAAGACUGUUAUUUACUUACUCAGAUAAGAAGGAAAGGAGAUAUCCAGAAGUUACUUCCGGAUCUUUAUUAAAUUUUCAUAAAUUUUUAGGAUGUGUUUUUGAAAAUUCUGAUAAAAAUGUAUUAACAGGAUUUUUAAACAAAUUAAACAAUGUAUGAAAAAUAAUUUUAGAGUCAUUUAUUUGUAAAAUUAUAUUAAGAGCAUUAUUCAUGUACUAAAAUUGACUUCCAAGUUUCCAGGCCUAUUUUUUAUGAAAUUUGGCAUGCAUAUUUAUGGAGUCGUGCACAAUGGGGCUAUGAAUUUUGAUAUAUAUAUAAAAAACAUUUUUAAUAUAUCAACAAAGCAAAAUUUAAGAAAAAAAAAACGAGAAAAAAAAAAAUAUGUUUAUUUCAACUAUUUUUGUUUCUACAAAGCCUAUUUUUUUUGUAAACCUGGAAUUACUAAAAAUCAAAAAAUGUAUUUAGACUACUUAGCAACGUCACACUGAUAUUGGCCAUGUCUCCAAGAUUGGCUUGCCAUUUAAUUAAACUCUGACCAGACAGGUUAAAUUUUUGUAAUGCUGCUACAGAUUUGACGUUUCUGAGACGCUUACUUGCAUAUUAUGCAAAAACCACUAAAAAAUAUUUUUUUAGUUCUUUAUUAUAAACGCUUUUAUUGAUCAAUAAUUAUGUAUAUAUAUUUAUUAAAUUGAAAAAUGCCAAAAUAUUUUAUUAAAAAUUUAUACAAAAAAUAUACCUACAGGAAAAAUUCAAAAACAUUCACUUUAAACUCAUAUAAGUCUAAACAAUAUUUUGGUAGAGGCAAUAGAGGGCAUUUCAUAAGGAUGAUAAACUGUUGAACAAGCGUGUAAAAACUAGUUGAAACAGUAUGUAAAAACUAGUUAAAAUGCGUUAAAACUGCAAACAUUAUUUUACAUUUCUGUUAAUUCAUAUAUAAAUAUUUUCAUUUCCAAGACAGUGACAGAGUUAAAAAAAAAAUGUGUUAUCGUUGUUGGUGAUAGUGUGUUUAAUAAUAUAAUAUGGGAAAUACAAAAAAUACAGUUUUCCUUCAGAAUCUGUAAAAAAUCGUAUGAGACUUCUUAGAUUUAGAAGCUUACUGUCAUCCGAUAAUUUAAAAGUAUCCUUACUGUGGCAUUUUUAUUGUAUGUAAAAGCAAUAUAUAAUUUUUUGAUCUGGCAGUUUCUAGAACCAAAAUGCUAAAGACAAAUUAAAUUAUUGAAUUGUCUACGAACCAUGCACAUCCUUUAAUAAUAUGGCGGCCAAAGAGUCGGCAACCUGGGGCCUACCUAACAUAUUAGGCCUUGUGUUUAUUAUUAUGCGUGUACGGCGACGAAAUAUCAGUAAUUCAUAUAUUACGGAUGUAUGUUACGAUACUAAAUUUAGAACUAAAUGCAUUUUUUAAGAACUAAAAAAAAUCACGGUGCAAACAGCAAAUUUAGUACUAAAAAAAUUAAUUAAUUGGAACUUGUUCUAUUUUCUACUAAAUUUAGUAUUAAAAAUGCGUUGAAAUGUUGCAAUGAAGUUUUUCUCAGAAAAAGUUGACACAACGGUCUUUUCUGCACCAUUUUGUUUUUGGUUAGCGACAACUUUUCAUUAUCGCCUUGGACAAAUUUCGCUUGUGUUUGAUUUUGUAGGUUUUAUUGGGUUUUUUCGUGGUUUUUAGUAGCAUUGCUGCAUUUGGUUGUUGUCAAGUCAACUAUAGUGUCAGUCAUAAUAAAAAUAUCUUUUAAUUCACUGGUCUCAUUUACACAGAAUGUUUCAGUUCUGUGCUAAUUUCACGUAAUAAUACGUCAAUACGCGUGCGCCUGGACUUAAUUUAGUGCUACAAAUUGGUAUCGUUGCAAAAGGAAAAAAAAAAUUAGUUCUAAAUUUAGUACUAAAUUAAUAACUUAAUUUAGGGCUAUACUUUAGUAUUGUGACAUACAGUAAUUACGCAUUGUAAAGUCGUAAAAGCCAGGGGGGGGGGCAACCAAACGACGCCCAUGUAGGAGCGUACUGGAUAACGCUCUUAUGUAUCUAUUACCCUACAACUACAAUUACAAAUGUCCAAUGUAACUGAAUGUAAUUUUGGUAUAUCACAAGGCAAGUACCUAAUGAUUCUGCUAAGACAAGAAGUCAUAUUUACAUUUUUAGUAAGUGUAUAUUAGGGGGACCCAUAUUUCGUUUGACCCAAUGAUGGACAUGAGACGUGAAGACUGUCAUAUAGAGAACAUUUUUUUCUUAUUUGUUACGUUUCAGUAAAUUGUGAAUCACAUAUUAGGUUUGUUCCAACAAUGAUCAGAAACCAGUCAUAGCCACCAGGAUUCUGCGCAGUAGGACCCAAAAUUAUAUACUGUGCAGAAUCCUGGUGCCAAUGACUGGUUUCGCAUCGUUGUUGGAACAAACCUAUUUAUUACAUUUGCUGAACAAUUAAGGCGUUUUGCUGUGUUAAGAUCAAAUGCUGGACAGACUUUGAUUGUACAUAUGUUUCCUAACGAAGAUAGGUCUUUCUUUGUUUCAUAAUAAAAUGUAAGCUUAUGAAAUGUGUAAAAAACUCGAAAUCGGAAUUUUUGUAGAUAUAACCCUUUAUUUUAGCAGGGCAGUAUUGGUCCUUUAUUGUUCGUUAUUUACAUAAACAAUAUAUAUUACAAAAACCUUUCAUUUUACUUGUGAAAGAC